AUGGCAGGCUCAUCAUUCGCAGCCAAGAAGAAGAAGGGCACAGCUUCUGCUGUCAAAAAGACUCCCAAGCGCCCAAAAUCCGUACGAGACCCCAAACAGCCCAAGUCAGCCAGAUCGACAGCCGGCAGUGAGGCCAACAGUACCGCCGCUGAGGAUGCAUCUGACGAGGACGACGAGUCUGACAAUGGGCCAUACUGCAUCUGCAGAGGACCAGACGACCACCGCUGGAUGAUUUGCUGCGAGAGAUGCGAAGACUGGUUCCACGGAGAGUGCGUGCACAUCGGCAAGGAUGUUGGAGAGAGCCUUAUUGAAAAGUUCAUCUGUCCAAACUGCACGACAGACAACUUGGUGACGAUUUACAAGAAAACCUGCACGCUGGGCUCAUGUCGAAAGGCGGCUCGUCUGACACAAAGCCCACCCAGCGUCUUCUGUUCGGAUGAGCAUGCUCAGAUAUGGUGGGAGCGCAUGCUGACCAGGUUACCCAAAGCCAGGGCGAAGGCUGCAUUGAGUGACGAGCUAUCUCAGGAGGAAUUCAUGGCACUUCUAAGCAGCGAUCUUGCCACUAUUGAUGGGGAUGGAUCGUGGACUUUAAGGGCGCCAUUUUCAGGAAAGCCGUCCGAAGUGAAUGGAGAUGUGACAGAAGAGGAGAAGGAAUAUUUGGACAGAAAAGCAAACGCUAGAUUCAAACUAGCAGAGGAAACUCUUCUGUGCCAAAAGAUGAUUACCCUCGUCGAAAUGGUCCAAGAACGCCGCCGAGCAGCUAUCAGCGCUGGUCGAAUCGCAGAGGACAUAUGCGGCUACGAUCAUAGACUUGACUCUAUUUGUGCGCGCGACGCCUUUGCCGCCUUUGUCAAGUCACCCGAAGGAGAGGUCAUCUUCCAGGCGUCAAAGGUCGACGACCCCCUGGGAGAAGGCGACGAGGUCAGGGGCAUGUGCGAGCGGAAGCGGUGCAAGAUCCACAGUGGCUGGCAUAAGAUGCUGCUCCUUGCUGUUAAGCACCAGAUCAAGGAGAUGGCGGAUCAGGCGGCGGAAGUUGGCGAGGACGAGCGUAUACUUCGGGAGGCUGCUGAGGAGAGAUGGAGGAGGAGACAGGCUGAAAGGAACUGGGUUGAGGUGAUUGAGGAGUGA